AUGGCGCCGGAACGAAAAUCUCGACAAAAGAAGCGCAGCAAAGUCGCAUUCGUGGACGCUGGAGAAGAAGAAAAUACCAAUGGCAUCGCACAAGACGAAAUAAUGGAGAAAGACGAGACUGAAGACGAGCUUGAAAGGAUUCUAUUCGGCGACUCAGAGGGCUUCCAUAGUGCACUGAAGGAGCGUGAGCAGGCGAGCUCAAAGGAGCUCGUUUUGGCAGACGGAUCAGACUCGGCAGAGGGAUUGGGAGAGGGCGGUGAAUCGGAAGACGAUCUCGCGAAUGUCCCUGAUGAGGAUCUAUUCUACCUUGACGCUGGAGACUCGGCUCCGGUGGUCUCCAUAUCAAAAGACGAUCAGCCGGCGGAAGAACUGCAAAUUUUGGAGGAGCCAGACGUCCCUGCUGCCUGGGAGGAUAGCGACGAUGACCGAAUUCGAGUGUCCCUGGCUGAUAACGAGCGAUUGAGAAAACUACGGCUUCAUGAGGGCGAGGAUGUAAUUGGUGGUAGGGAGUACAUUGCCCGCCUAAGGAGACAGUUUGAACGGCUCCAGCCUGCUCCUGAAUGGGCCAGUCCUGCAGCUAAGAGACGGAAAACCGAGGAAGAUACGUCUGAUCUAUCGAUGGAUGAGGAUGAGGUAGAGGAAGAUCUAUCUGCACAGCCACUGGCGAAGCUGUUGCAGAACAUAGGUGACUUGACUAAAUCUGAAGGCAAUGCCACCUCUGCCGGGAAGAAGAGGAAGCUCCGUCAGGGUGUGUUGGAUAUCCAGCGGUUGAAAGACGUUGGCGGGAACCAGCCGUCCUCGAUCGACUCUCUAUCUUUCCACCCUCACUAUCCCUUACUACUUUCUUCUGGACCUGCUUCUACUCUAUUCCUACACCACAUAUCACCCGAUUCAGCGUCGCCCAAUCCACUGCUUACCUCGCUACAUAUCCGCCAUACGCCUAUAAGGACAAGCACAUUCGACCGCCCAACUGGCAACCGUAUCCUAUGUUCCGGUCGUCGACGGUUCUUCCACGUCUGGAACCUAGAUACAGGCAAGAUUGAAAAGGUCGUUGGCCCCGCGGAUCGCAAACAUGAGCUCAAAUCCAUGGAAUACUUCAAAGUCUCCCCCUGCGGUCGCUGGAUCGGGUUCGAAGGAACGACCAAAAAGGGCGGUGGAGUUAUUAUUGUUUUUGACGCAAAUACCAUGCAAUGGGUGGCGCAGGUCCGCAUCGACGGCCAGGGAGGAGUAGCUGACUUUGCCUGGUGGAGUGAUGGCGAGGGAAUGUGCGUGGUUGGCAAAAACGGUGAAGUCAGCGAAUGGAAUAUUCGUGAGAAGCGGAUUAUUGCUCGAUGGAUUGAUGAAGGUGCUGUUGGUACCACGGUGCUGAGCCUGGGAGGCCAAACGGGCCGUCAGGAGCUUGGAGGAGAUCGAUGGGUUGCCAUUGGCAGUUCCAGCGGUAUUGUCAAUAUCUAUGACAGAAAGCCCUGGGCUGAUGCUGCGGCUGCGGCUCGCAGAAAACCCAACAAACCUCUUGACGAGGCGGCGGAUGUUCAAUCUGGAGUACCGCAGCGGCCGAAACCAGUUCGUGUGUUGGACCAAUUGACUACUCCUAUUAGUCAUUUGGUGUUUGCGCAGGACGGGCAGUUUAUGGUCAUGGCCAGUCGGUGGAAGAGAGAUGCUCUCAGACUGGUCCAUCUACCUUCAUGUAUGGUCUAUUCGAAUUGGCCGACGUCCAAUACGCCGUUUGGUCGUAUAUCUUCAGUUGCGGUAUCACCGACUUCGGACUCGAUUGCCGUUGCUAACGAACAGGGCAAAAUCCGUCUCUGGGAGAUUCACGGAUGA